AUGAAUGGAUUCACCAAGCUUGGUUUUCCAUUGAUCUUCAUACUAUUAAUGUUCUCCCUCCUCGGCCUCGCCGCCAAGUUCCUCUACCACCGCCGUUGCCGCUGCUCUCGCUUCCCCGCUGAUCCCGAGCGCACUUCCCCCUUCAGCGACGGGCCCGCCCCUGGGGCGCUUCUCAUUCGAGCGCUCUGCUUCAAGUUCAAGCACCGAUCCCGCAUCGAGCCCGCUUCCGCCGUCCACUCGUCGCGGACGACGGCGCCGCUAUCGCCGACGGAAGAGGACUUAGAGGAGUGCGACCUCGCUCGGUGGCACGCCAUCUACCUGGGGCCCUCGAGGGCGCUCUAUACCAUCAAGGAAGAAGAGACCGAGGAGGAAGCCGAUCACGACGCAGAUGAGACGCCAUUCGCAACGCCCUGCGCGUCGUUCCGAUUCAACUCCGAAGCGCCGUCUCUACGGCCUGAACCGUCGGAGGUGAUAGACGACGCCGGAGAGCUUGCGCCAGCGAACUCACAAGCGUUGCGUGGGGAUAAACGAACGGUCGUCAGUGGGGAGAUUCAUGACAAGUUUUGCUGCUUCAGAGGCGUGCCGUAA